GUACGGACCCUUGCUAAAGAUACCAAUUCCAAGUGUGCCUGAUGGAUGGUAUAUUCAUGUGGAACUCAGACAGAGCUUCAGAGGCUAUCACAAACCAGCCUGAAACCCAGGUUGUUCCAGUGACAUACAGUGGUCCACUGAAACAUCACACCAACAUGCUGUGGCAAGAACUUUGUGGAAGACUAUUGUUUCCUGACUUCAAACCACCGGGAAAGUAUACAGGCGAGCUGGUUGGUAUUCAAUACUUGUACGAUCAGACUGGCCAUGAACUUCCUGGAUUGGAUCAGACCAGAAACCAGCUAGAAAAGGAUGAGGAUGAGAAUGUGGCAGAUGACCUUGAAGAUGAAGGGUUUGUUGAACAGCCGGGAAUAUCUCUGCCAGGGGAAAAUGUCGAGUUUACUUUUGUGGCGGGUCAUUACCGGAAAUAG